AUGGAUUUCACUCGUUCGACAGUUAGGAGUGCCUCCGAUGAUAGUUGUGGAGAUUAUUAUCCGAGUGGUGAUACAUACGACGAUGAGGAGAACCUCGAAUGCAGUACAGGUGGCGCUAGCGGGGAAACUAGUGAAGGUGGUGCCGAUGAUGGUGAUGGGUCGGGUGAUGCAGAUGAUGUGGCAGAGGGUUGUCUCCGCCGGCCAGUCGCUGCGAAGGACUUCUUGGGAAAAGAGUUUGCAACUGAGGAGGAUGCUUACACUGCCUACAAGGAAUUCGCUAAAUUAAGGGGUUUUGGAGUUCGGAAGGGAGAUGUAGCUCGUGUGAAUGGGCAUAGUGCGUGGAGGGUCAGGACCAUCGUGGACGAACACAACCACGAGCUUGCCCCACCAGUGUUUGCACGUCUCCUUCCUAGUCAUCGGAAGAUGAGUGAGGGUGAAAAGGCACAGGUGGAUAGUUUGAAGCAGUUUGGGAUCGCCACGUCGAAAAUAAUGGCUUACAUGGCGGAGCAAUCUGGUGGGUAUGGCAUGCUCCGAUUUACCAAAUGGGAUGUGUAUAAUUAUGUUCACAGGCAAAGGGUCGCGCGAAUACUUGACGGCGACGCUGCGGCAACUAUCAGUUAUUUGGAGGGAAAGGCAAAUGCUGACAUGAGGAGCGUGGCCCGAUACACACGAACCCCAGACAAUCGUUUGGGCAGCCUAUUUUGGGCUGACGAUGAGAUGAUGAUGGAUUAUCAGCUAUUUGGUGACGUCUUGGCUUUCGAUUCGACGUACCGAUCUAACAAGUACAAGAAACCACUGGUGGUUUUCUCCGGAUCAAAUUACCACAAACAGACAACUAUAUUUGGGUUCGCGUUGUUGGAGGAUGAGGAGGUCCGCACUUAUAGGUGGGUGUUGCUAAACCUGCUAGAUGUAAUGGCACAGAAGAAGCCGUGUGUAGUGGUGACGGAUGGGGACAAGGUGAUGCGCACUGCAAUUGCGGAGGUGAUGCCGACGGCGACACAUAGACUCUGUGGUUGGCACUUGGAGAAGAAUUGCGUCCAACGGGUGAAAGAAGCAGAAUUUCGCAAGGUGUUUAGGAAUGCCAUUUAUGCAAACUUUGAAAUCAGGGAGUUUGAGGAGUAUUGGAAGGCAUCCAUGCAUGGAGUCGCUUGGCAUAGAUGA